GAAGAAGGUUUACAAUGGGUGAGGAACAUCCGAGAAAGCGGUCUCGUCAACAUUUUGAAGCAGAGGAGGCGAGACACUUAUCUUUGCGGGAAUGUGAAACGUCAAAGUGGUAUUUCAGCAGGGAAGAGAUUGAGCGUUUCUCUCCAUCUAGAAAAGAUGGGAUUGACCUGCCCAAGGAGUCGUUUUUACGCUCUUCGUAUUGCUCAUUUCUUCAAAGACUUGGCAUGCAGCUUCAUGUGUAAGCUCUCUAUUGUAUUCUUUGUUUCUUGGGAGGUGCUAGUGUUGUUGUUUGCUUUUUAUAGAAUAUGCUUUAACACUUGUUCUUUUCUUCUGAUGUGAUAUUUCUUGCUACUUUUGUUAGCUAAAAGAGGGUGUCUAAUGCAUGACAAUGCCUAGCCUAUCUGUUGAAUUUGGUCUGGAGGUCUUCUCGAACUAUUAGUUCUCCAUUUUUGUCUACAUUGUCGAAAUUUGGUGUGCAUGCAUCAUAUAUUGGCUUACUUCUCAUCGGCAAUGGGAGGCUUGCAUACAUCUGUCAUGAAUUUGCUUUGGAGCUUUUCACCUGUUUAGACAUGCCCUUCUCAUUAUAUGUUUGUGUAUUUGUAAUUCUCUGCUGGGUUAUCAAAACCCUCAGCUGUGUUCCCACCAUUCCCAACUGAUGUUCUUAGUUUUCUGAGCGAGUGCACGUCUCUCUCCAGCCCACUGUUUUUGAAUCAUCUAUCAUAGGUCCCAGGUUACAAUAGGAUGUGCGAUGGUAAUGUGCCACCGGUUUUACAUGCGCCAAUCUCUUGCAAAAAAUGACUGGCAGACGAUAGCAACUGCCAGUCUGUUCCUCGCUUGCAAAGCUGAAGAUGAGCCGUGUCAACUGUCCAACGUUGUUGUUGCAUCUUAUGAAAUAAUCUUUGAGUGGGAUCCUUCUGCCUCAGUUAGAAUUCAUCAAACUGAAUGUUACCAUGAAUUUAAAGAAAUUAUUUUGGCCGGGGAGAGGCUUCUGCUGGACACAAGUGCUUUCCAUCUCCUAGACGUUGAACUUCCCUACAAAACUCUGGCUGCAGCCUUGAAUAGGCUGAACGCUUGGCCUGACCUUGCAACUGCUGCAUGGAAUUUUGUGCAUGAUUGGCUUCGAACGACACUGUGUUUGCAGUACAAACCUCAUGUUAUCGCAACAGCCACUGUGCACCUAGCUGCCACGUUUCAAAACGCGAAAGUAGGCAGCAGGAGAGAUUGGUGGUUGGAGUUUGGAGUAACAACCAAGCUACUAAAAGAGGUGAUCCAAGAGAUGUACAUGUUGAUAGAAGUGAACAGAAGGAGGGCUUUGCCGCCUCCAAGAAGAGAAGUAGCUUGGGCAAUACCUACAGCCAUAAAUCCGCCGGUCCAUUUGGCUAGAGGCUACCCGUUUCACAGCUACCCUAUGCAGUCCUAUAGACAGCCUGGCAUCUGGUGAGCGAUACUUCAGCAGCCCGAAGAUGCAAUCUCCCUUGUAGUCUUGAGUUUGUGGAUAAACAAAAGGAGAUUCUGCGGAGUCUCAUGAGAGAGGCAGUGUAAGGUUAUAUAGCAAUCCGAGUGAGGUGUUUUUGGCUAAGUUAAGCCUCUCAGGUGUGAGCAUCUCCACCAAAGUGAUUCUCUUCUUUUUUGUUCUGAUACAUAGAGAUUAUGUAGAAUAAUUGGUUAUACAAAUGUCCACUUCCUUACUAUUAUACUAGAUUCUUGUAUAUCUGGAAUCUAUAUGUUGGGUUUCUUCGUAUCAUAUAUUUUUAACUUCAUCUCA